UGUUUUAACUUUUUUUGUAAUUCCUGGAACGUGCAGAUUGGUUGUGUCAUAUUUUCCAGGUACUGCUGGAUAGAGAAAGUUUAUUACUCAUCAGACCAGGAAAAACGACAAUUGCUUGAAAAGAGCAGUUGAACGUUUCGUUGGGGAGUGCAUUGUUUAUAUUUCUCGCUGAGGUCGAAUGCCCGUUUUUUAAUAAUAAUAAAGUAUUUUUGCGAUUCCGAAUUCUUGUACAAACUUCGUCAUGUCAGAUGACAGUAAUGAACGGCCUUCUUGUCGCUUUGAAGAGUCAAAUCGUUCAUCAGACGACAGCUCCAUGUCGUUGUGGACGAAAGCUCAGCAACUACAAGGCGAUGCGCUCCACCAGGUGCGCGCCGUUUAUGGAGAACACUUUCCAAUUGAAGUUCGACAUUUUUUGGCAGCAUGGUUAGAAGAGAAAAUGUGUUUUUUUUCUAGGACUGACAUAGACCCAGAAAAUCCCCAACAUGAGCAAUAUGUUGCCAGCCUUGUCAGUUCACUUAUUCAAGAACUGGAAAUGAAAGCAAACAGUAUGACUACAGAAGAGCUGUUUCUCACAAAACUAAAGCUAAUGGAGGCUGCAAAUACAUUUAGAGAAAGAUACAUGCAUAACCCCCGAAGGUUGUUUGAAAUAAUUCGAAAUUGUCUCAACACCGAAAUGAAGUUGGUGCAACAGGUAGGAAAUGCUAGCCUGGGCCGGGACUUGAUAAUGCCAUGUUUGCCAUUUACCCCAGAUCUUAAUACUGAAAUUGCUCAGCAGCUGGAUUAUUUGAGGAGACAGACCCAUGAAACAGGAGAAGAUCUGAGAAGGAUUGAGCAGGAGCAGGAAGCUUUUGCCCUGCAGUAUCAUGAAUGCACUAAAGUAAAUGCCCACUUACAACACAUACAAACACAGCAGAGAACUCCACAGAUAAUUGAAAUGGAGAAAAAGUUAAUGAAGCACAAAGAAACGCUAGAGCAGUUACUAAAUCAGAAGGUGGCAUCAAUGAUGCAACUAAGACUGACAUUUGUAGAUAAAUUGAAGGACACGAUAGAAAGUCACCUAACAAAAAUGCAAUCUAGAGUCCUGGAUGAAGAACUAAUUCGAUGGAAAAGGGAACAGCAGCUUCAAGGAAAUGGGGCACAUUUUAACAAUAACUUAGACAGCAUACAGGAGUGGUGUGAAAGUCUUGCUGAAAUUAUUUGGAUGAAUAGGCAACAAAUAAAAGAAGCCGACAGGUUAAAGCAGAAGUUUGACUUUGAUCCACCUGUGGUUUCUGAGAGACUGCUUCAUCUGAACACAGUCAUCACACAGCUUUUAUCAUCUUUAGUCACAAGCACAUUCAUAAUAGAGAAACAACCACCACAAGUUAUGAAGACAAACACACGUUUUACUUCUACAGUAAGGCUCCUUGUUGGAGGGAAGCUGAAUGUCCAUAUGACCCCACCUCAGGUGAGGGUGACAAUAAUAAGUGAAGCACAAGCCAAUGCACUUUUAAAAAGUGAUAAAGUUUCAAAAGGUGAUGCUAGUGGUGAAAUUCUGAACAACACUGGUACCAUGGAGUACCAUCAGGCUACGAGACAACUUUCUGUCAGCUUCAGAAAUAUGCAGCUUAAAAAAAUAAAACGUGCGGAGAAGAAAGGUACAGAAUCUGUAAUGGAUGAAAAGUUCUCAUUGCUUUUCCAGUCACAGUUCUCAGUUGGUGGUGGAGAGCUUGUAUUCCAGGUGUGGACUCUUUCCCUACCUGUUGUUGUGAUUGUUCACGGUAAUCAAGAACCUCAUGCACAUGCUACUGUUACUUGGGACAAUGCUUUUGCUGAACCCGGAAGAAUACCAUUUGCAGUACCAGAUAAAGUACCGUGGUCAAAAGUUUCAGAUGCUCUCAAUAUGAAAUUCAAAGCAGCUACAGGGCGUUUUUUGACAGAAGAGAAUCUCAGAUUUCUUGCAGAAAAAGCCUUCAGGAAUCCCCAAGUGGCAGACUACAGUGGUAUGCUGCUUAGUUGGUCACAGUUCUGCAAGGAACCACUUCCAGACAGAAACUUCACUUUUUGGGAAUGGUUCUUCGCUGUGAUGAAACUAACAAAGGAACAUUUAAGAGGCCCAUGGAUGGAUGAAACUAUAUUAGGUUUUAUUCGGAAAAGACAAGCAGAAGAAAUGCUUGCUGGACGUCCCAGUGGCACCUUCCUUUUACGCUUCUCAGACUCGGAACUUGGGGGUGUAACAAUUGCUUGGGUUGCAGAUCAAAAUGAUGUCUUUAUGCUGCAACCCUUCACCAGCAAAGACUUUGCAAUACGCAGUCUCGCAGAUAGAAUUUCUGAUUUGCAGCAUCUUGUAUAUUUGUAUCCUGACAUUCCUAAGGACCAGGCAUUUGGAAAAUAUUACACACCUUUUACAGAGAACCAACAACAGUCAAUUAAUGGAUAUGUGAAACCUCUAUUGGUGACUCAUGUCCCUGGUUGGGGUGGACCUGGUUCUGUAGGCAGCUACCCAGCAACACCACAGAUGUAUCCACAUUCUCCAGACCCCAGCAUCCCCCGAGAUACACCAUCAGUUGCCAGCGCUACCAGUGAGUCAGUCAGUAGUUUACAUACUGUGAUGGAUUUAUAAAAGGAUGUUUGCCAGUUUUACAUCCAUGACAUCAGACACACAGUGCAGCUGGCAAGGAGUGAUUGUAUAGUGGCAUAGACUGAAGUGUCGCCAAGAGAAUUCCGUAAAUUAUUUUAGGAUUAACUGCAGAAUGACAUAGUGGUGAUGCAGUUGGACAUUUUAUGCAUCUGAAUUGUUUUGUUGCAUUUAAAUUUUAACUUUUAUAUUAAAAUAUUUUGUAGAAUAGUAAAAUGUGCAUCUUGUCAUCAGUUUUUAUAUCAUUUUUCCUUUUUUCCUCAUUUUUCAAAAAGGCCUUUGUGUAUACAUUUUAUGACAUUAAAUUUUCAUUCCCAGUUUGAAAAGAUCUCUUAUUACUGUAUUAACUGAUGAUUGUAUUAGAAGUUCCUAAAAUGAAUAUGGGGACUGAUGUUUGUAAAUAACCCACUUUUGAACAUAUUUUGUCUACUUACAUGUACUAAUGAAACAUUGUCAUUACCGAGAAGUAAUCAAACUUACUGUGUUAAAUGUUGUGCAUGAUUUUGCAGCCUAAAUUUUCUGCAUUUGUAUGCAUACUACGUGUUUACCAGCCACCAGAAUUUUGGCUCAGUUUUGAAAUAUUCCUUUUUUCAUCUGUUUCAAUUGAGUCGUUAACGAUUGGGAAGUAAUUUGUUGACAGCAGCUGGAAUUUUGAUAGCUGCGAAGACAGACUUUUUUUACUGUAUUGUUAUGCUAUGUCAGUACCAUGUUUUUACAUUUUUUAGUAAAAAUUAAUUUGAAAUUGAUUCCAAGGCACAUGGCUGAAAAAUAAUAUGUUAUAUCUUCCCAGACUUCAUUUGCCCCUACAAGACAGCGGUCCAGUUCUCAUGAUGUAGGUGUUUUUUUUUUUUUUUGAGAGAGUGUAGGACAAUGCAGUUCUUUCAGCACUGUAGAAAUUGUCUCAGUUCUCAAAAUGGGGAAUCACCCUGUCCUACAUUUCUGUUUAUCACACCGUCCAAAAAUAAUGUUCAUUCUGAUUCCAUUAAGAAACAUACAGAUUUUCCUCUGUCAGUUUUUCUUUAUGACUUUGCCCCAAAUAUGUCGCAGUAACAUUUUUUACCAUUUCCCACCAUAUUACAUUAUCUUCAUAAAUGUCAGAUUUUUUUGUGUUAAAUGACUCCUUUCUCUCUGAGAAAUAGUAUAUGUCAUGUGUUGUGAUAGUAUGCAAUAAUUUUAAGGAGGCCUUCUCUCUUUAAUAUUAUUCAGAACUGGUAUCAUAUGUGAUGUUUAAAGGUUAGAUCUAAUUGUUUGUGUCAGUAAAAAAAUAAAAUCAUGCCCAUUCUCUGCCUAUUUACAUUUUGCACAACAUGAAUCAGACCCGAUUUGUUGUUCAGAGUAAUGCUGCUUCAGAUAUAUUUGAAGUUGCAUGUUUGGUUUUUCAGUGCUGUGGAUCAGAGACUAAUAGUUUUGGUUUCAUAAUCUUUCAUAAGUAUGUUGUAAAAACUGAAAAUUUGUAUUGUUUCAACAUUUGAAAGGGUAAGAGUAGGCAUAUCUGCUAGGUAUAUAUGAAAGUAAUCUUGCCUGUUGAUACAUGUUGUGUGAAAUGAACUGAUAAAAUGGUUACAGUUGUUUUUGAUUGUCAUAGUGUCUUCUCAUUGUGUAUGUCUAUAAGAUGUAAUGUUGUGCUGUCACUGACAUUUUCAUAAACAUUAUUCUAUAUUGUGUAAAUAUUUUUGUAACUAUAGAAUGUUUAAUGUGCGUUGUUUUGUUGUGAGUUGAUAGUUGUAACUUGUCAGGUAUCAGUGAUACCUCAGAAGUUUUAACAAAAUUUUAUUAAAGAAAAGAUGCAAAAUAGAAAUAAAGGAAAAAAGAGAACAGGGUAAGUGCGGGAGCAAAACAUGUAUUGUACUUAGAAUUUUUAUUAUUAUAUUGUUUAUAAUAAUAAUGUUUAUCGAAUGAUAUAUGGCAGUAGAAGAAAGAUGUGUAGCUUAGGUAUAUUUGUCUUUCAUGAAAUUUUUGAAAAUUUUAAAAGAAAAUAAAAUAAUACUUUAAUCACAUCAGUAUUUGUGGAGCAUUUAAAGUGAUAUUGACGGUGUUUAUAAUCUAUUUCAAAUUGAAUUCUGAGAAAGCUAACUUUGCAGGAAUGUGUGUACUGUCUUUAAUAACUGGGGUGUGUUUUAUGUGUGAGGAGGUAAAUAAUUAAUGCUUAGUUUAAUAUAGUUGAUGAUUUUCACAAAUUAAAUAUCAAAUUCUUUUGCAUCGAUGUAAUGUGAACUUGUCAAUUCUCACUAGCACCUAACAGCUGUAUUAUGUAAUAAAGACUUCCUUUUUCGUAUGUCAAGAAGUACAGCCACAUAGGAGAGGUCACUGUUCCCACAAGAAUAAUUGAGUAUAUGAAUAUUUCCACGAUUAUUUAGGUUCCUUGAGCAGUAAUCUAAUGUAUGUAUGGUGUCAGAAAUAGCCAUUCUUUUACUCUCCAUCAAGCUACAUGUGAAUUUACUUGUUGCCUUCCACUACCCUACCACUCUGUCCACACACACACACACACACACACACACACACACACACACACCAUCUUCUUCCUUGCCCUUGUUUGGAACACCCCCUCCCUCUCUCUCUCUCUCUCUCUCUCUCUCUCUCUCUCUCUCUCUCUCUCUCUAGCCUCUUUAGUUGCAGUAUUCAAAGUGCUGUACAAGGUUCAUCAUGCAUUAAUUGAAACUUUCCAAUAGACCCAGGUUCUCCUCGGAAUGUGAUGGGAAACUGAAUGCAAUUUUUGAAGAGAGUUUGAAACUUUGCUUUCUGCUCUCUGUAUAAGUUUUGCUACCUUCUUACUAAUAUAUUUCUUCGUACUUUGUGCAUGACAACAAAUAAAUAGUCUGGUGACCAGUGAGUGCAAGAUGUAUGCAAUAUUCAGAACUUGUUAGCAGUGGUUUUCUUUUCAUAAGCUGCUUUUAGUUCUGAUGAAGUUGUUUCUGAGAUUACAGUUGAAGACUGUAUAUUUGCCUGUGCUGAGUUUUUCCUAUUUCUAUGAUGCUGUGAUGAUGCAGUAUAAUUAUAAUGUAGUUUGCAGUAAUUACACAGGGAUUUAAGCACUGGCUGCUGCUUUCCUGAUACCUUAAGAAUGCUUGAUACACGUGCUAUGAACAUACAGAUUGUUAAAUUCCACAUGAAGUUUAAUGGCCUGUUGAGGUGAACAUCCUAAUUGGAUAAGUUGUUGAAGAAUCUGUAUUCACUAUAGUAACAACGUUAACAUCUCAGAUGAUUUCUUCAGGUGCAACUGCUGGUAUCCUGAAACACUGGUUACAUACAUUGUUAAUGGUAGUCCAUUAGUGGAUUAGAUUUCUUUGAGUGGACAAGUGGGUUUCUUAAUAUGAGAUACUAUUGUCUGAUGUGGCUGAAGUAGGUACCACACAAUUUAAACUGAAAGGAGAAUCAAUUUGUACAAGUUGUGCAAGACCACAUGAUGUCUCAUUCAGGUGGCAUCAACUUAUGAUCAUAACUAGUUUUUUUAUUGUAAUUUUGGAGCAUAUCUACAAAGCUGCUCUCAAUCAUUGCUCGUCUGUGUGAUACAUAUACUUUGUUUCUUUCAGAUAGUGAAAGUAUGGGUUUAAUUUUUUCCUUUGAUUGGAUGUACUUAUUGUAAUCAGUAAAUGAAGAUUUUUUGGACCUUCAUAUAAGUGUUUGCAUGCUUUCAGUUUCUCUUUGUUGAUGCAGUGCAUAUGGGAAGACAAUAUAUAUUAUUGAGUAAUUGGAAUUGUGAAUUCAUAUUGCAAAAACACUAGGAGUAUUUCAGGAGAACUUAUAUUUUGUGUGUUGUAGUGAACCUAAAUUCAUUUGCUUCAGGAUUCCUUUCUCUGUACACAUUUAUUUGUGCUCUCUAACAAAUUCUUACAUUGCUCGUUGUCAUAAUCGUGUUUCAUCAUACUCGUGUUUCAUCAUUACUUAUGUCUCCCAUCAGAGUGAUGAAUAAAGCCCUUUCAUUUUUUGAGUUUGUUGAUCUUGAUAAUAGGACAUUAUUCCUUUAACAUGUGCAGUGCUUUGCCACAGAUAGGGCUAUUAAUUAGUCUUUGCAUUGAGACUAGAUAUGCAAGUAAUAAGAUGAAUGAUUUCACUGAUGAUUUUUAUGUGUCAUUGGUACUUAAAAAUGUUCGUUUAGAUGCUUUUAGAUAAGAGAACCACAGAGAACUAUAAAUGGAAAGGCCAUUUUACCAGUGAUUAGUGUUUGGUGUAAUUAUGUUGCAUAUGAUAAGAAAUAUGUCUCUCAGUGUUUCAUAGUGUGAGUAGCAGCUUACAGAAAAACAUUCCGUAUCUUGUACACCUACUGGAUGUUGAUCCCUCUGUUGGACUUGCAUAGUAGGAAAGGGACCCCCCUCCCCUUUUUGUUAUAUAAAUUAU